UUAUUAAUAAUAUUUUGUGUCAGUGGUCUCUGUUGUUGUUGUUGAGUCACGUGUGUGUGUUGCUCCUUCAGGGAUCUUGAUCCUGGGUGCUGGAGCUGCUCUCUCUUGCCUUGGAUCAAACCUGAUCACCUUCCCUCCAGGGAUCUUGAUCCUGGGUGCUGGAGCUGCUCUCUCUUGCCUUGGAUGAAGCCUGAUCACCUUCCCUCCAGGGAUCUUGAUCCUGGGUGCUGGAGCUGCUCCUUCUCCUCUGCCUUGGAUCAAACCCAAUCACCGAGACCCACUUCUUGACCUCUCAGAAAUAAAGUCCAUAAAUCAAGGUCUUUUUAUUGAUUUUUUUAAGUAAAGCAAAUGAUAGAAGAGUUUGGGAAAGAAGGUCCAAUCCGUAGUAUCUUUCUUUCGGAGUUUCACCACAUCGUUGGUCCAAAAAUUGUGUACCAGUAUCCAGAAAAUUACGUUUCAAAAGAAGUGUUCGAUGCUAUUUCGGUGUAUAUCAUACCCAAACCACAGAUUCUGAAAAGGAUUAUUACAGUUAAUGUGCUCGGCUUUAAGGUUACGGGAUACCCGAACGAAAUAAAGAAUUUAAAAUAUGCACGAAAUGCAUUGAUUUUCAAUCUGUGUUUCGUCUGUGACUCAACAGCUCGGACCGUUCACUACGAGCCAGCGGUUAAGAAGCUUUCGGAAUAUUUGGAAAAUUUAGAGCUGGAAAAUGGGUUCCUUUCCACUGAAGAGAGUCAGGCACAGAUGCCAGGCAUACUUUGCCACAUUUUGGAAGAAUUGAACGCUACAGGCAAGUGCACAGUAACAAUUACCCUGAAAGAACAGAAACCCCAUGUAAAUGAGAACACCGAACGUAAAACUGGGGAAAAGGGAGAACGAAGACCAAGUCUUUAUAGUGAAAGGAGACAUCAGGUGUCAGAGACAAAGAUCGCAUAUGAUGGACAUGAGAGAAGGUUGAGCUUAUACAGUGAUCAGCGACAAGUGGAUUCCUUCUUCAGAGGGUUUCGAAAACCUUCUGAAUCAGAACCAAAACUUAGACGUAAAUCUGUAGAUUGUUCAACAACCUCUGUUCUUCAUUUGAAGGUUGUUGGUGUUUGGCCUGACCCUCCCCGGGUGUUAGAUCACCAUGUACCAGUUCUUAUUUCUGAGAGAGUAUACAGUCGUGGAGAUCACUGGGACCUGACCACACAACAAGUUCUACCUUAUAUAGAUGGAUUUGCUCACAUUGCCAAAAUAGCCGCUGCAGCAGAUGUUGAAAAUAAUUUGGUGAAAGCGUGUGUGGAAAACCUGUUGUACUAUGAUCAAGUGCAACUGCUUCCUAUCUUCCAGUAUUCCAACAUAUACACAGUCACAUCUGGCAUCCAAAAGUUGUAUGACGAUCGAGAUCUUCAAGAUGAAUGUCAGCGGGCAGUCUGCAAGAACUUCUCCUCGCGGCCACAGCAAUCACACAUUUUAAUGCUUUACUGCAGCAUGACGUAUGGAGUAACGGUGAGAGACCUAUGUCUUCGUUUCAAUCCUCAAGCUUUGAAUAUAGAUGAACGAAAGUUAAUCCAGUUUGGUUUGCAACAUGGAUUGAUCAGGCGUCUCCAUUGUUAUCCUAUCUUGCUGCCUCCAGAAGAUCCACACUACACUCCCACCAAACACAGUGUUAUUCAUACAAUGUGCAAUGGAGGACACUCGUAUGAUGAAAUUUGCUGCAAGUUUGGUCUGACUUACAAAGAAUUGAAUGACAAAGUGGAAAGAGAUCCAAAUAUUUUACUUUUAUGGAAAUGAGGCAUGUCCUGUAAAGUAUUAUUAUUACAACCAAAAUUAAGCACUAAACACAAAAUUAUUAUUAUAAUCAUGGGGGAGCCCUAAACCCAAAAGGAUUAUACAGUGCAUGUGGGGGGGUAUGGAAGGUAUUCAGAGUCAAUUCAGGGAACUGGAGCACAGAUCCAAUUCCCUAGAUCAAGAGCCCCUCACCAGCAUCAAGGAACCUCCCUUGAGGGACUAAACACACAAGGGUUGUCCUGUGAGUGAAUAUUCUAGAACCUUGUGCAGUCAGUCAGGAUGUUACAGGAAAAAAACAAUAAACCAAUGUGGACUUUACAGCACAAUAAGUGAAAAGCGUGUUUUAUUAAAUGACAAAGUAAUUUCAUGUGCUCAAAGAUCCAAGAUGAUGCAAGGUGUUGGCAAUACAGUGGACCCCCGCUUUACGAUCAGCUCCCAAUGCGACCAAUUAUGUAAGUGCGUUUGUAUGUGUAUGUUAGGGGGUCUGAAAUGGACUAAUCUAAUUCACAAUAUUCCUUAUGGGAACAAAUUCGUUCAGUAAUGGCACCUGAACAUACUUCUGGAAUGAAAUAAUAUCGUAAGCCGGGGGUCCACUGUACUAAUUUUAUUAAACAUCUGAGACACUAAGCAGUACCAAGAACUGGAGUUCACAUCACUUCCCUCAGCUAUGAAUGUGAACAUGUAACUAAAUAGUUGUAGUACUGGAAUUAACUGUGAAUACUGUACUGUAGGGUGCAAUCUUCACUGUUUGAUUAAUAAAACCAAAGACUUUAUGAUAUGAUUGCUCAAGACUUUUAUUUUUAUAUUUGAAGGGAAUAAACUUGUCUUUAAUUUAAAAGCAGGUAAAUCUUAAUAUAAUAGACUUAUCUUCCAAGAUUAAACUUAUUCAGUCUUUACAGUAGUCUUUUUUUUUUUUUAAAGUUGAUUUUAUUUUUAUUUUUUUUUUAUUAUCACACCGGCCGAUUCCCACCAAGGCAGGGUGGCCCGAAAAAGAAAAACUUUCACCAUCAUUCACUCCAUCACUGUCUUGCCAGAAGGGUGCUUUACACUACAGUUUUUAAACUGCAACAUUAACACCCCUCCUUCAGAGUGCAGGCACUGUACUUCCCAUCUGCACACAAGUGCAGAAAGAAAGUAGUCCAACGUAACCUUCCCAAGAACUUCACUGCUCCUGUUGCAACGAGAUCUUAUCAUCAUCUUGGGGAAGUGCUAAAACCAUAUGGAUCACAACACUGCUGAGGAAUGGACGGUAAUCAUAUUUGAUCUAAGAACAGGAAAGGUAUCCCCAGUUCCUCAAUGUAGUGCUGAGUGACCCACGUGGGUCUAGUGCUUCUUUAAUAUUAACAUAAGAGUUCUUUGCAUUAAAGCUCCCCUUUAAAAGGCUUUGGCAUAUCUCUUACUAAUGUCAUACACAGUGGCUGGUCCCAGAUAAAAUGACAUUACCAAUAAAGGUUCAUCAUUCAA